ACAACAACUUGUGCAACACUGAAGAAGAAAAAGACUAAGUGGAGUAGAGUGGUGAAAGAAAUUUCUUGAAGAGAAAGAAAAAGAGGUGAAAUAAGAAGAAGAAGAGGGUUGUUGUUGUGGUGUGGUAGCGAAUCGAAGAGGAAAAUGUUCAGAAACCAGUACGAUACGGACGUCACGACAUGGAGUCCAGCGGGUAGGUUGUUCCAGGUGGAGUAUGCGAUGGAGGCGGUGAAGCAAGGUUCGGCUGCAAUUGGCCUCCGAUCGAAGACGCACGUGGUUCUCGCGUGCGUCAACAAGGCAAACUCCGAACUCUCCUCUCACCAGAAGAAGAUCUUCAAGGUUGACAACCACAUCGGUGUUGCCAUCGCCGGACUCACCGCCGACGGUCGCGUUCUCUCCCGCUACAUGCGAUCCGAGUGCAUCAACUACGCCUACACCUACGAGUCACCUCUUCCCGUUGGUCGUCUUGUCGUUCAGCUCGCCGACAAGGCUCAGGUUUGCACCCAGCGAUCAUGGAAACGUCCUUAUGGAGUUGGUCUUCUGGUAGGUGGAUUAGAUGAAUCAGGAGCUCACCUCUAUUACAACUGUCCCAGUGGAAACUAUUUUGAAUAUCAGGCUUUUGCAAUUGGCUCUCGCUCUCAAGCUGCAAAGACUUACUUGGAACGCAGGUUUGAAAACUUUGUGGGUUCUUCAAGAGAAGAUCUGAUCAAAGAUGCACUUAUUGCAACUAGGGAGUCUUUGCAAGGUGAAAAACUCAGGAGUUCUGUUUGCACAAUUGCUGUGGUUGGAGUUGAUGAGCCUUUCCACAUUUUAGAUCAGGAAACUGUUCAGCAUCUGAUUGAUACUUUUGAGAUCGUGAGGGAGGAAGAAGGCCCUACAACUGAACCUCAGCCAGCAACUGAGCAGGAUGCUGCCACAGAUCAGGGUUCUGGUGCAGAUCAAGGUGGUGCUGAAGAUCGUGGUGGCUCUCCCAUGGACAUUUGAUAAUUUAAGAUCAAGUACUAGAGGUGUUAAAUUCUGAUAUUUAAAGAUGACUAGGUAUCAUGUUGGGUGUGUCAUGGAAAAGGAUAUCUCUUUGAUGGAUUUUCUUUCCUCAAUAUUGUUUGUUUCUGCAAUUCAUCCAUGGCUGAUCAUUGUAAACGAUUUAAUGGCUGUUUGAUGAACUUGAACGCGCGAUUUACAACAAUUUACUGAAAUUAGUGGUGAAAAAA